AUGCCAUCUGAGAGGUGCCUGAGUGUUCAGGAAAUGCUGACAGGUCAGAGGCUUUGUCAGUCCAGUUCCCAUAACGAUGCUGUCUUGGCAGCCCUGAACCAGCAAAGAAGUGAUGGCAUACUUUGCGAUAUCACCCUUAUUGCUGAAGAGCAGAAAUUCCAUGCACAUAAAGCAGUCCUGGCAGCCUGCAGUGACUACUUCCGAGCAAUGUUCAGUCUCUGCAUGGUUGAAAGCGAAGCUGAUGAGGUGAAUUUGCAUGGCGUCACAAGCCUCGGUUUAAAACAAGCCCUGGACUUUGCAUAUACUGGACAGAUCCUCUUGGAACCAGGGGUGAUACAGGAUGUCCUAGCAGCUGGGAGCCAUUUGCAGCUGCUGGAGCUUCUCAGUUUAUGUUCUCACUAUCUCAUUCAGGAAUUAAAUAGUUUUAAUUACUUGGACCUAUAUAAGCUUGCGGACCUCUUCAACCUCACUUUGUUGGAGAAUGCAGUGGUUGACUUCUUAGUAAAACAUCUCUCUGAGCUAUUGAAGAGUCAUCCUGAAGAAGUUCUGGCACUUCCAUACUGUCUCCUUCGAGAGGUUUUUAAAAGUGAUAGACUCACUUCACUCAGUGAAGAACAAAUCUGGCAGCUGGCUGUGAGGUGGUUGGAACACAACUGCCGCUACCAGUACAUGGAUGAACUUCUCCAGUACGUCCGCUUUGGCCUUAUGGAUGUGGAUACACUGCAUACCGUAGCUCUUUCUCAUCCUCUUGUCCAAGCUAAUGAAACUGCGACAGCGCUUGUUAAUGAGGCCUUGGCUUACCACCAGAGCGUCUAUGCACAGCCAGUUUGGCAAACCAGAAGGACAAAACCUCGCUUCCAGUCAGACACUCUUUACAUUAUUGGUGGGAAAAAACGUGAAAUCUGUAAAGUGAAGGAAUUGCGAUACUUCAAUCCGGUAGAUCAAGAGAAUGUUCAUAUCGCAGGGAUUGCUAACUGGAGCGAGCUAGCGCCUAUGCCUGUAGGGAGAAGCCACCACUGUGUUGCUGUCAUGGGAGACUUUCUUUUUGUAGCUGGUGGAGAGGCAGAGCACUCCACGGGGCGCACUUGUGCGGUGAGAACUGCCUGUCGAUACGACCCCCGCACUAACUCUUGGGCUGAGAUAGCUCCAAUGAAGAACUGUCGGGAACACUUUGUGCUGGGAGCAGUGGACGAGUACCUCUAUGCAGUAGGGGGCAGAAAUGAAUUGCGUCAAGUGUUACCUACAGUGGAACGCUAUUGCCCCAAGAAGAACAAGUGGACCUUUGUACAGUCCUUUGAUCGAUCGCUCUCAUGCCAUGCAGGAUAUGUGGUGGAUGGUCUUCUUUGGAUAUCAGGAGGAGUAACAAAUACUGCACAGUAUCAAAACAGGCUCAUGGUCUAUGAUCCUAAGCAGAAUAAGUGGUUAAGCCGUAGUCCGAUGUUGCAGAGGAGAGUGUAUCACUCCAUGGCUGCUGUUCAAAGGAAACUUUACGUGUUAGGUGGGAAUGAUCUGGACUACAACAACGAUCGGAUCCUGGUUCGGCACAUAGACUCCUACAGCAUAGAUGCUGACCAGUGGACACGUUGCAGCUUCAACAUGUUGACAGGUCAAAAUGAGUCUGGAGUUGCCGUCCACAAUGGUAGAAUAUAUUUAGUUGGCGGCUAUUCGAUUUGGACAAAUGAGCCUUUGGCAUGUAUCCAGGUGCUGGACGUUAGCAAGGAAGGGAAGGAAGAAGUGUUCUAUGGGCCUACGCUCCCCUUCGCUUCCAAUGGAAUAGCAGCGUGCUUUCUUCCAGCUCCUUAUUUCACGUGCCCCAACCUUCAGACUCUGCAAGUGCCUCACCACAGGAUCGGCGCAAUGUGAGACACAAAGCGUGCGCUUCUUAAGAUCAGCAGUGGAGGGAGAAAAAAAAAAUCAAACCUGUGUAUGGAAGGGUUCCUCUGGAUCAGUGAAAAGGAUUAAUCCACAUGCGCUGCUGCUUUACCAUCAUACAUUUGUCUUAAAGUUGGAUCACAAAAGGCAGGAAGGAAGCUACAAAAACUGUCUGUGGUUCCUCUCCUCUGCCUCAGAUGUAGAAGCAUAAACGUGAGAACGUUUGGCAUUUCUGCUGGAGACUACUUGCUACCUGUCUCUACUUCGUUUCCUUAUGCAACUUCAUAAGGCAUUGUGAACGCUCUCCGCUCCUCCUCGGCUGCUGCUCUUUGGAGUCUGCACGUUCAGUUGUUCACCAAUGGCACUCUCAAAGCUGAUAGAAAGCUGUGCUUCUGUUGACAAAGAUGAUAUAAUACUAUGGUAAUUAUGCAACUUACUUGAUACCUUUGGCAAAAAGAAUAACAAAUGUGUUGACUUCCAAUUCCAAACUCCAUCGUUUACAGUUUCUCAUUUAAUACUACUUCAUCUGAAAUUUAAAUACCGCAAAGCAGAUUAAAACAAAAAUAAAAACCAAACAAGCCCUAUAGUAUAGGAGGAGCAGAUGAAAAUUGUCUCAGCUGGAAGACAAAGACACCGAAGCAUCGUGUUUAAACCCCAGUCUGAACUGAAUGUGUUUGUCUGAGAAUCUAAAGAUCAUUUAGGAUGUCAUUUACCAAGGUCUACUAUCAAAUAAAUGUUACCUUGUGUCAUAUGAUCAAUUCCUCCUGACAGCUGCAGUCUUUUAAUGGUGGAGAACAGCCUCUUUACUGUAUAAUUAAAAUGUGCCAUUUACUUAAUAUUUUUAAUAUCCAGUUUGCAAGGGGUCACCA